AUGGCUUCCAUAAACGAUCUCUUUGUUCACCCUGAGAGUUUACGUGAUGUGCAGAAGGCUUUGGGCUACCAAAUUAAGAUGGUCGAGGCGCUUGAGCACGCAAAGGACAGGCUUUCGAAGACGAAAUCUCUGGACGCUAAUACCCUUGCAAAGUGUGGUGUUUUUGUACAACACGUCAAUAGAUCGGACACUCCCAAUAACUUCUAUUCAGAAGUCUCAAAACUAAACUUAAAUGAGCUGGCAUUCUCGUUAAUUAGUUUUGAAGACAGGCGGCUUAAAACACUACUCGACUCAUUUAAGGCAUCCGAUAUCAGGAAGUAUGUCGAAAAGCAGCAGAUUCAAUGCCUCCAUCGCUCUGAGAUCUUUACGAGAAUAAAAUUCAUUUUGUCAGCAUGCGAGGGAAGCAGAUUUGAUGCUAUCUACAGGACGGUGCUCCAAAUGAGGAAUAUAAGCGAAUCUGAGAUGGCCAGGGACAAUGAACCCGAACCAAAGACUGCAGCUGAAGAACCCAACGCCUUGAAACUGCUAGGGGUUCGUCGAGAGAGCUUCAAGAAUGUGUUCACCGAACAUGUUGCGAACAAUGCUCACUUGAUGACAGUCGAGUCAAGAUAUCCUCGAGGGACACGUGGCGAUGCCUUCAUCUCCUUUGAUAUCGAAUCGGACAGAGGCCCUAUUGCCGCAUCACUUGACGCAUUCCUGGACCGAGAUACUCCGGUCGACAAUAUUCCCGAACCGUUCGGUGAUACUAUUGCCACUUCUAUUGAUAGGUGUGACCUCCGGAAUUGGGAGAAAAGGAAGGGAUAUGUGGACACAACAAACUGUGUGAAAGUGAAGAUGAUAUAUCAUGUUGAAAUUCGUUUAUAUGAUGACGCUACUCUUGCUAAUAUUCUUCAUUCAUAG